CCUCUCCUAAGACCCCAUUUUAAAAAUGGGGUUUUGGAAAUGGAGGUUGAAGGAUAUGUACGUAAUAUUGGGUUUGCAAUCAACUAAGAAAAUGGGGGAAUGGAGUUAGCAUUCAUACAAUGAUAAAGCCAAUGCCAGCGCCAUCCAUCAAUCUCACGGCAUUAUGUAAACAGGGUCGGUUGAACGAGGCGCUGCACAUUCUCCUUACUUCACACAACCCACCUGCAUAUUCUUCUAUAUAUCUUCAACUAUUACAAACCUGCAUCGUCAACAAUGCACUUUCACAAGGCAAACAAAUCCACUCCCUCAUCACUCACAGGAGGUUUCUGUUUACCACAUGUGCGUUUUUUCAGAAUAAUCUCAUCAACAUGUAUGUCAAGUGUGGUAGUUUGGUAAAUGCACGUAAAGUGUUUGACGAUUCGAUAGAACGAGACGCCUCAUCAUGGAACACCAUGAUUGCAGCUUACAGAAGACAUGGAUGUCCUCAAGAGUCAUUGGAAUUGUUUUAUCAAAUGCAACGAAACGGUAUGCAACCCGAUCAGUUUACUUUUGCUAGCAUACUCCCAGCCUGUGCCAAAAUGAGAGCUUUCGAACAGGGCAUUGCCAUCCAUCAAACAAUAAUUGAAAAGGGGUUUUUGUCAGAUGUUGUUGUUGCAAGUGCUGUGGUAGACAUGUAUGCAAAAUGUGGAAGCAUACACAAGGCACGGGAACUGUUUGACAGAAUGCCUGGUAAAAAUGUGGUCUCUUGGAAUGCAAUGAUUGCAGGAUACGCACAAAAUGGUGCUCUGGAAGAGGCCUCAAGGCUUUUCAAAGAAAUGCCUCAACCAGAUGUCGUCUCAUGGAAUUCCAUGAUUGCAGGAUAUGCACAAAAUGGGUUUGCUGAAAAGGCCUCGGAGACGUUCAAGCAAAUGCAAUGUGCAGGUUUAAAUCCAAACUCCACAACCUUUAUCAUCAUUCUGCCAGCUUGUGCUAAAAUGGGAGCUGUAGAACAGGGAAUGCACACUCAUCAAAGCAUAAUUGAAAGUGGAUUUGUAUCGAAUAUUGUAGUUGCAAAUGCGCUGAUAGACAUGUAUGCAAAAUGUGGAAACAUUCACAGUGCACGCAAUGUAUUUGACAGAAUGCUUCAAAGAGACGUGGUUUCAUGGAAUGCGAUGAUUGUAGGAUAUGCGCAAAGUGGUGUUCUUGAUGAGGCUUCAAGGCUUUUCGAUGGAAUGCCUCAAAGAAAUGUGGUCUCAUGGAAUGCGAUGAUCUCAGGAUAUGCACAGAAUGGGUUUGUUGAAAAUGCCUUGGAAACGUUUAAGCAAAUGCGCUUGGCAGGUGUAAAGCCAGACUCAACCACCUUUGCUAGCAUCCUUCCAUCCUUUGCCAAAAUGGGAGCUUUAGAACAGGGCAGGAACAUCCAUCAAAUCAUAAUUGAAAACGGAUUUUUGUCAGAUGGCGCAGUUGCAAAUGCCCUUAUAGACAUGUAUGCAAAAUGUGGAAUUAUACAUCAGGCAUAUGAACUGUUUGAUAAUAUGCCUCGGAGAAAUAUAGUCUCCUGGACUGCAAUGAUUGCAGGGUAUGCACAAAAUGGAUAUUGCAAGGAUGCCCUCAAACUGUUUGAACUAAUGAAACACCGUGGAACAUGCCCUGACAAUGCGAGCUUCUCUUGUGUUUUAUUUGCUUGCAGUCAUGCAGGUUUAGUGGCUGAGGGCUGUAAAUACUUUAAUAGCAUAAGUUAUUCUUAUUGCAUUACGCCUACAUUUGAUCAUUAUGUGGGCAUGGUUGACCUCCUUGGCCGUGCGGGUUAUCUCGAGGAAACACUAAACUUUAUUAUCAAAAUGCCAUUUAAACCUGUGAUAAUUGUGUGGAUGUGUUUAUUUGCUGCCUGUAGAUCGCAUAAGAAUAUGGGGUUAGGCAUGUUUGCAGCAACACGCCUCUUUGAACUGGAUCCUGAAAAUGCCGCGUCUUAUGUGCUUCUGUCAAACAUCUAUGCAGAAGUAGGCAGGUGGAGUGAGGUUCAAAAGGUAAGGAGAUUGAUGAAAGACAGAGGGAUUAAAAAAACACCUGGAUGUAGCUGGAUCGAAAGUCAUCAAAUGGUUCAUGCCUUUGGUGUAGGAGACCAAUCACACCAAAAAACACAGGAGAUAUAUGCAAAGUUGGAAAAAUUGUCUUGGGAGAUGAAGGCAGCAGGGUAUUCUCUAGAUUCAAAACAUGAACUUAAUGAUGUGAAAGACGAAAAAGAAUAAUUCCUCUGUCACCAUGGUGAUAAAUUGGCGAUUGCAUCUGAAUGUUGAAGAUUGCCCUGAGAAUUAUUAGAUUUGUUAAGAACCUUCGAGUAUGGGUUGAUUCCCACACUGAAACAAAGUUUAACUCAGAUUGUUGCAAGACAAACUGUUGUGAGAGAUCCAAACUGGCUUUAUAAUUUGAAUUAAUGGUGGUGCUAUGUGAAGAAAUCUGUAAACAUAGGCUUGUACUAUAACGUGCUUCACGUCAGACUUGCAGUGGCAAAGAAGUCAUCAGGAAACCUGCAUAUCUUGAAUGAAAAGCUGGAAGAGGUGGUGGAAACUGGGAAAAAGUAAGAGAGGAACACUUGAAAUAGUAAGAGGAGGUGGAAGCAGGAAAAAGCAAGAUAGGAACACUUAAAAGAAAUAGAAAGAUGCCUUCCUAGUUAAAAAGGUGAGAGAAGGGUGUAUAAUUAAUUCAUUUAUUUUAUCUCUGUCAUUUUGUUUGGAUUAAUUGUAUUGAUCUGUGUUUAUGACAGGUGUGUUAUUGGGAACUAAAUCACUUAUAUGAGAUUAUGUACUCAAAAUUUAUACAUUUGGCAUCCUUUUGAUAUGGCAGAGUUCUAAUGUUUCUUUAUAUCCUUUUUCUUUGUGGAAGGACUGAUAAUGUUCGUAACUUGCAUGUUUAUAUUUUUUUUUAUUAAUUUGUUUUUAGGUAAAAGAAAAUUUUUAGAAUGUAUAUAUGUA